GUGGGGAGCCGCCGCCGCCUUCUCUCCGGGGGAUUGUGCCUUUGUCGGCAUCUAUGGAGACAAGGAUGACUUCGCGGUCCUCUUGCUGGAGGAUGUGAAUGGCGAGAGUCUCUCUUUGACUGAUGCGAACUUCAAGGACCGCGAUUUGAAAGUGGACCAGUGGCAGUGGGCCGAGGCGAAGGCCCAUGUGAAGGACGCCCAGAAGGGGACCAUCUUGCGGAAGUGGGACUUUGACACCAACUCCCAGAAUGCUUUCGCAGCCCCAGUGUCCCUCACGGUCAUCAAAGGCAGCCCUGGGAUGACUGAGUCGCCCUCAGUGCUUUGUGGCAUCAACAUGGCCCAGCCGCAAAAUCGGCAACUCUCCACCAGCAACGGCCUCGAAUUAGUGGAAGCCGAGACUGCGGAGUAUGUCGGACCAAAGUUUGGCACCAAGGAGGAUCUCUUCCAAUCCAUGACGGAUCCCUCCAAUUGGGGUCGCCAAAGCCGACAGCUUUCAAGCUUCACAGUAGCUUCCGGCAACACCACCACGAUGCCGACUAGCACUACUGAGGAUGAUGAUGAUGAUGAUGAUGAUGAUGAUGAUGAUGAUGAUGAUGAUGAUGAUGAUGAUGAUGAGAGCACCACUGAGGAGCAGGUUACGAGCACUGAGGAGCAGGUUACGAGCACUGAGGAGCAGUGCAGCCAACACGGGGAAGGUGAUACAGUGCAGCCCACUCCAAUUAAUAAUCAAGGGGAAGGCCCAUCCGAAUGAACACUACAGGGUGCCAUCCACUUCCAUCGAAGGCUGGAUGGUAUAGUGGGUGAUAUUGGGAGUGGAGUGGCCUUGCCAUCUCCAACCCUGCUCCUUUCGGGUCACGUAGUUGGAUGGUUCCUUUUCUAUAUCCACUCCUUUACUCCAGUACUGGAGCAAGAAGCUACCAGUAUCUACUAGUAGCUCCUGGCCAUACUACUAGUAACAAGCAGCUCGGAACCAAGGGCAUCACAACAAAAACCACUAGGAGAAGCUACGAACGACACCAAACGCUUCGUUCAAGUCUAACACCAACUUCAAACGGUUCCACGACGGCCACGUCGGUUUCCUCAGGACCACGACGACCACGACGACCAUGACGACAAUGGGACGGGACCCACGGACGGUGGAGCACCGCGCCUGUGCGCCGUGGGUGGCGGAUUCGCGGCCCUGGCGCUGCUGACGCAGUAGCUGCCGCAAGCACUUCUUCCGGCUCGGCCAUGCCGGACGAAUUGUGGCUCGGCGGACGCCGGCCGGGUUAGGCUGCGGCGAAGAGGUGAGAUACAAGCUUUGCACAGAGCCGUCGGGAAGAAAGCUAAAGAAGC